AUGAAGCAUUGUUUUUGGACCGUAAUAGUAAGUCUAGUGUGGGGACGGAGGAGGGAGCAAGAGGAAAGGAAAAAUAGAAGCGAAAAUGCAAGAAGUAGGAAAACAUUGCCUAGUUCGAAGGAGAGAACUCUCAAUUUUGUAGCAACACUCUGCAAAUCUGAAUUCCAACGCCUUCCAGAUAAGAAUAGCUUCACUAUUCCCCAAUCGCUGUGCUUUAAUACUAAUAGAGUGUUGUUUUUCUUAUCUUGUGUUUUUCAUUCUUAAAUUAAAAUAAAUAAUUCAAAUAAUUAAUUCUGCUGCUCCGAUGGAGGAUGACGAUGAGUUCGGAGAUCUCUACACCGAUGUUCUCAGUACCUUCCCCUCAUCAUCAUCAUCAUCAUCUUCGGUUUUGGUUUCUGUUACGUCUGCGGCUGCAUCCAAUUUGGCCUCGCAGCCAGCUUCUUACCGUCCAAUUGAUCUCAACUUUCAAUCCCAAGAUAUGGAUGAUGAUGUUCCCAAUUCUAAUUUUACAACGACGAUGAAGCUUGAUGCUGAAGUUGAUGUUGAUGUAAAUCUUGUUGAAAAGCCCUCAGAAGAGGUUGAAGAUGCACAUAAUAAGGUAAUUAAUAAUUCUAGGGUUUUGCAGUCCGCCCAUUUUGAUUCGCCACAGCAACGAGAACAACAUCCAGUGAAACAAUUGGAUGAUUUUAGAUAUGAGUUUGAUGACAAACAACAGAAUGCAAAUAGGGAGGAUGAUUUUAGUAUGGAACCUCUCAUACCUGGGCUUAGCACCACCCAUGUAGCUCCCGCAACCGCACCCACACCUGCUGUUGAUGAGUGGAACAGUGACACUGAUAGUGAGGAUGAUUUACAAAUUGUGUUGAAUGACACUGACCAUAAUAAUGGACUUAUGGGUAUGGGUAUGGGUAUGGAAGCCAAUGGAAUGAUAAUCGGGAGCGACGAUGAGGAUGAUGAUGGUGAACCACUAGUCAUACUGGAUGAUCCCAAUGCUGCUGCUACUAUGGGAGUUCUUCAAUCUGUUGAGGAGCAGGUCUGGGGAGAUGAAGCAGGCCAAUCUGCAGAAGUCAAAGAAGCUGCGGAUGCUUCUAAAGUUAAUAAUGCAGGAUUACCAAAUGCUCCCAAGAUUGGUUACAGCAACUAUGGUUAUCACUCCUUUCAUUCUCAGUUUAAGUAUGUACGACCUGGUGCUCCACCUCUGCCUGGAGGACCUUCUACUGGUGCAGCCCCUGGCCAAGUUCGUGCCUCUGUCAGUGUAAGCAGCAUUAUAGCUGGUCGUGGAAGGGGUGAAUGGAGACCACCAGGCAUGAAAGGUCCUCUUACGCAAAAAGGCUUCCAUCCAGGCUUUUGGGGCAGCAAUGUGCCUGGACGUGGUCUGGAAUUCACUCUUCCAUCCCAUAAGACUGUAUUUGAUGUUGAUAUUGAUACUUUUGAGGAAAAACCAUGGAAAUAUCCUGGUGUAGAUGAAUCAGAUUUUUUCAAUUUUGGCAUGAAUGAGGAAAUCUGGAAGGAAUAUUGCAAGCAGUUGGAAUUACUGCGUUUGGAGUCUACAAUGCAAAGCAAAAUUCGGGUAUAUGAGAGUGGCCGUGCAGAACAGGAUUAUGAUCCUGAUAUGCCUCCUGAACUUGCCGCAGCAGCUGGAAAUUAUGAAUCUACAGCUGAAAAUGUGGAAACUGCAAAAACUGGUGUUGAAUUAGGUGACCUGGCUAAAGGAUUUACUCGUGUUCUGCCAACAUUGCCGACUGGCAGAGCUAUACAAGUAGAAAUUGGUAGUGGGGAGCGACUGCCCUCUGUUGAUACUCGGCCACCACGCAUUCGUGAUUCAGAUGCAGUUAUUGAGAUCUACUUGCAGGAUUCUUUUGAUGAUGGUAAUGAUACCAAAGAGAAUCCAGGUAACAAUUCUUCAAGAGAUGAUCAGGUGGAUGUAGUUGAUGAGGAUGAUCCUCAGUGUGGGAAUGAAUAUAUUGAUGGUUCUCGGAGAAAGUCAUCAAGUAUAAUUUCUUGUGCUGAUAUGAAUGAGAAAAGGGACAGAUUUGAACCUGAAAGAUUCCCAAGUGAUCACCUUCCUGGUUCAAAAGGUGAUGCUGCUUCUGAAAAUAUUGGUUCACCAAAUGAGAAGAGAUGGAUGAAGGAAAAAGAACUUCGGAGUUCUCCUCAUAUGUCUUCAGAUGACAGUGCAUUUGAUAGAAGAUCACUUGACUAUCGAAGGGAAGAUUCUAUCAGAAGUUUGGAAGUUGAGCAUAGUCCUGAAUUGUCGUCUGCCUCUCCUAUGGAAGAUGCUCGAGAAGGAAGUUUGGACGGGAUUUCUGUGGCUUCUGAAGAUGUUCCAGCUAAUGUAGAGUCUGGUAAAAGUAUAGAUGACGUUAAUGUGGUUGUUCCUAGUAAUACCUCCAAGCACAAGCAUAGCAUUCAUUCCCCAAAACGACAAAAGCUAAUUCCUCAAGCUGAACCACCAGCAAAUAAUGAUGUUGAAGAACGGGCUGAGUUCAAGGCCUCCAGAAAUAGUAACAACUGUAAGGCGACCGGGAGCAGCAGAGAUGAUCAAAAGUUGCGUGAAGGAAUUGAGGUGGAAGCUGUGCAAAAUGGUCGAUCCAAUUACCUGAGUGAUUUCAAGAGGAAUCAUGGUGAAGCUGAUCAUGAUUUGCGGAGAAAAGAUCGUGAUGGAAGAAUCGAGAUGGAAAGAAAUUACAUGUUAGCCAAAGGAAGGGAGGAUUAUUAUUCUCAUAGAGACUGGGAUCCUCAUUCGGCCAAUCUUUUUCAUGCAAAAUCAGAGAGUAGUGAUCGGAGAAAAGAGAGGGAAUUCUCUGAAGGCAGCUGGCAACGACGAGAUGAUGAUCCACAUGGACGGAGGAUUUGGGCUGAAGCUUCUAGGAAGGAACGUGGUGAUGAAAUGUUAUCCAGGCGUAGAGGUAAGGUCAGGGAAGUUGAUCGAAGCGAUAAAGAUGAAUAUCUUCAUUCAAGAAAAGUUUUGGAUGAUGGCAUCUGGAGAGGUUUUCAUGACAAGGAUGCAGGGUUGCGGUAUAGGGAAAAGGACGAUGUUUCAAAUAGUCGGCAUGAGAUCUUAGACGAUCAUCAUGGUAAAAGAAGGAAUGAUGAUGAGAAUUUAAGAAGGGAUCAUGUUGAGAAAGAAGAUAUCAUGCUUUCUCACAGAGAUAGCAAUAGUUCUCGUAGAAAGCGUCAAAGGGAUGUGCUUAUAAGUCAACAUAAGCGAGAGGAUCAGCCAAGGGUAAGAGAGAAGCUGGACGACCUUCAAUCUGGUAGGCUGAAGGAUGAAGUUUGGGUGCAGAGGGAGAAGGCUGAGAAGCAAAGAGGAAGAGAUGAAUGGUAUCGAGCUAAACAAUCCCAUGAGGAAAUUUUUCCCAGAAGGGAGAGAGAAGGUGGACGACCUCCUAUUAGGAGCAGUAGAAAUAUAGAAGGAAAUACAUGGGCCAGCCAUGGACAUUCUCGUGGAGAGGACCUCAAGGGCCAUGACAAAGACACAGGGAGGCAUCUUGAACAGCUUAAGAGGAGAGAUCGGGUUGAGGAGGAGCUGGGUGUGCAGCAUAGAGGGGCUGAGGAUUUUAAUGCACGAGGAAAUCAAUUUGUUAAUGAGGGAAAGAGAUCAAGGGAAGAAAAGUCCAGUUCUCGAAGCAAUUGUGCUGUUGAUGCCACAGGAAGCCAAAGGUUGCAUGAGAAAAAACAUAAAGAAACUCUUAGAAAGGCUAGAGAUUCUGAAGGCCAUAGCACUUUAGUGAAAUCCAAGAAACAUCAAGUGGAUAAAAACACAACAAAUGCAUUGGCUGAUUUGAAGGGCAAGUGUGAUCAAGAUCAUGAUAUUCCAUUGCACAAUCUUGCUAGAGAAGGUCGAGAAGGUGUUUCCUCUGAUGAUGAGCAACAUAACUCUAAAAGAGGGAGAUCAAAGCUGGAACGUUGGGCUAGCCAUAAAGAAAGAGAUUAUGAGUCCUACUCAAAGUCAUCAUCUUUAAAGAACAAGGAGAGCAGAAAGGAUAAGCACACUGGCUCUGGGUCAUCUUCUGGAUUUCAUGAUGAAUCUGCGAAGAAGGUUGAGUCUGGUGAUAGUAAUCAGCCUUUAGGUAGUGGAAAAGAGGUUGGGGGUUUAGAGGGAAAGGAUGGAGAUGAAAAACCAAUGGAUGGUCACCAUCUAGACACGGUUGAGAAAUUGAAAAGGCGGAGUGAGCGUUUUAAGCUUCCACUGGCAAGUGAAAAAGAUCCACCGGCAAUCAAGAUGGAGAGUGAAUCCUUGCCUACCUCUCAGAACGAUAACCCCACAAAUGUUGAAGUCAAACAGGAGCGGCCUCCCAGGAAAAGAAGGUGGAUUAGUAGCUAAAAGUGUGAGCUGAGAAGAUUCCUUUUUAUUUUCCUGCUUGGCGGUGCUGCUAGCUUGGCCUGAUACGUGUAUCUGGAUAUUAAACUUAGCUCUUUUGUAUUAGUUCUGCUGCCACUGUAUGCAGGAAGCUUUUUUUUCGAUGUAAUUUGUAAAUCCUGAGUGUAGCAAAAAUGGAUUAUAAGUCUGUCAUUUUGACAGUAUUGGUUGCACAACACUGUGUAUUGUGCUUCCAAAUUGUUAUUUCAUGUAUGAAAGAUCAAUUGCUGCAAAGCAUCAGUAGUUGAUCGAAACACCCCAUGCAGGGCUGCUGCAUAAACGGAGAAGAUGCGUUAGCUUUCAAGGAUAAAAA